AUAGGUUAUAAAGAAGGGUGGGUUGGUUAUAUACUCUUAUGCGCCUUCUUUCUUCGAACCUUUUGGUAUGUAUUGCCCCCUAACUAUAGAUCAGAUCCACCGGAAGAGAAACUCCAUUCCGCACUGCUGCUGAGUCGUCGAACUUAUCCACCAAGGGAUUCGUGGAAUUUCUCGCCCCCUUUUGGGUAGGCAGGUACUAAUAGUCCUCUCACUACCAACCAGCAGACAUCAUCUGGCUGGGUCUUGCCGGGGAGAUCGGAGCAAGAGGGAACGCCUAGACGACGUUUUUCUUCCUGGGCUGCAGUAAGUAGAUCGAGAGGUCGUUCCGCCCCCUGUCCCCGAAGAUGGGUAAUCUGUUCUCAAAAAAUGUUGCUCCAAUCUGACCUAGCUGGCGAGCGAUCCCAGUUCGCGGCAGAGAACAAGACAGCAAGCGAGCGUACCUUUGUUCGCUUCUUCUCCACCAAGCACGGAAGUUUAAGGAUAACUGUAGGUCGGUGGCUACCUAAGGAAACUCCGAUUCGAUCCGCCCCCCGGCUGGGAGGCAUCUACCUCAUCCCGAUCACAAGGAGAGGUUCACCAUGAUGGGGGGUACUUUUCUUUCCCUUCCGGAAAGAA